GCACAGACAACCGGUGCGCGCGGUGGCUUUCCCAAGAGGAAAUGAAAAGAGCGCUGCAAGGAGAGUAGUGAAUGAGCGGGAAGAGAGAGAGGAGAGAGACGAGGAGAGCUGGGGCGUGCGAUGCCGGCUGGAGCGAGCGAGAGAGGAGAGGAGGAGAGAGAGAGGAUUCACACACUGCCGGGGUCCUAAUCCGAGUCCAUCUCCGAAGAGCAGUGUUGGAGAAGAUCAGAGACGGAGCUCAAGUGGGGUUUCUGCUGGAAGAGUUGGGAUUGGAGAAGGCGGACUGGACGGGACAGAGACCAGCGAAAGAAACUGGAAAGUGGAUAAGAGCAACAGCGGCAGCUUGGAAAGAAAUGUCAGACAGGUUUGAUUCCGUUGCAUUCCCAGCCAAUCAGAGCCUUCGUUAGCACGGGCGUUGGCGAGUAAUUGGGAGAAGGAUGGCGACCAUGCCAUUUGUUAGUGAGGGGAAGUGCGUGAGCGUGGAGUGGGAUUUCCUACAAGGACUUCUGGCCAAGCCUCCCACCCUGCCAUGUCUCCAGAACCUGCGUAAAGAGAAGUCUCGUAAUGCAGCUCGUUCGCGGCGGGGCAAGGAGAACUUUGAGUUCUUUGAGUUGGCCAAAAUGCUGCCAUUGCCAGGCGCCAUCACCAGUCAACUGGACAAGGCCUCUGUCAUCCGGCUUACCAUCAGCUACCUGCACAUGCGCACCUUUGCCAGCCAGGGAGAUCCGCCCUGGAGCCCCCUUCUGGAGGGCGAUAACAACUGCAGCAAAGUAAGACGAUCAUCUCACUCUCUGGCCACUGACAUGUUUGAGCAGCACUUAGGAGCACACCUCCUUCAGUCUCUGGACGGCUUUGUGUUUGUGGUCAGCCAGGAGGGCCGCUUCCUUUACAUCUCAGAGACCGUUUCCAUCUACCUGGGCCUCUCACAGGUGGAGCUAACCGGCAGCAGUGUGUUUGACUACAUCCACCCGGCGGACCACGUGGAGAUGGCCGAGCGGCUGGGGAUCAGGCCUCAUCUGCGAGCAGAGGCGGGCUGCCACACAGCCCCUGAGAGUGCCUCCAGUUCCGCCUCCACGUCCUCUUUAGCCGGCACUCCCGAACCUGCUCCAUCGAGUCCCCACUCCCACUCGGCCGAUGACCCGCCCGACCGUGGCUUCUUCAUCCGAAUGAAGUCUACCCUGACCAAAAGAGGACUGCAUGUGAAGUCAUCAGGAUACAAGGUAAUCCACGUGACAGGCCGGAUCCGCUGUCGUCCAUCUUUGGUCCCAGGCUCGUCUCGGUCGGUGAGGCGUCCGAUGGGUUUAGUGGCGUUGGCACACACCCUCCCCCCCUCCACGCUCAAUGAAGUGCGCAUGGAGAGUCAUAUGUUCGUCUUCCGAGUCAACAUGGACCUACAGAUCACAUAUUGUGAAAACAGAAUCUCAGAGUAUAUGGAUCUAACUCCUGCAGAAGUUGUGGGUCAUACGUGUUACCACUUUGUCCAUGUAGAAGACCUGGAAAACCUCCGACAGAGCCAUGAGGACUUGCUGAGGAAAGGCCAGGUGGUUACAGGUUACUACCGCUGGCUGCAGAGGCGAGGGGGCUACUUGUGGAUUCAGUCCACCGCCACAGUGUCCAUCAAUCACAAAGCCCCCCACGAACGCAACGUCAUCUGGGUCAACGUGGUUCUCAGUCGGACAGAGUUGCCUGACACACCCCUUGAUUUGCUGCAGCUACCGGAGAGCGUUCGGGCUGAGCGACUUCGCGUUAGCUCCUCUCCCUCUGACAGCUCCCCACAGGCUCGAAGUGCACAACCAGCUAAAGGUCCAACAGCAAAGAGUGACACAGAAAGUAAAACCAGGGAGAAGUUCCCGACCGCUGCAGUGCAGUCAGAGGAGCGGAGGAAGCGUCUGCUGAGGUCCGAGCCUGAGGGAGCUCCACCAGAGAGUAGACGUCGAUUAGAAGAGGCUCGGCAGGCGGAGGAGAGCGUGUCUGCCUCGUCUGACCUGGCCAGUGAGAGCGAGGGAGAGGAAGAUGAAGAGGUGGAAUGGGACAGUGACAGGCUCAAGGAGGAGGGCAGGGGGGGCGGUAAACACAGUAGGGCCGGAGAGAGCGCAGGACGAGGGGCCAGCUCUGGGGGGCGGGCGCACAAUGGCCGCGCAGUCAUCCAGCAGCUCAAGAGUGUGGUGACUCCUGCCCCUCUGCCUGGCAGCCCCAGCAUUAAGACUGAACAUGAGGCUUUGAGUGCUCGCUGGAGCUCCACCUCACACCCCUCACAGCCCCCACAUACCACCUCCUCCAACAGUCUGAACGGAGACAGCCCCACCACGCCCGUCCCAGACUCCUCGUCCAGCAGUGAAGCCCCCACCAAGGGUUUGUUCACUCCCCCGUCCCCCACCCUGUCCCCUCCUAUGUCUGUGUCAUCUCCCCGGGAGGACAGAGGGUCCAUCGGCCGUGGUAGUGCUGGAGGCCCGGACUUUGACUUGUUGCAGAGACUAGCGGCAGGUGGAGCAGCGGCAGGGCGGGUGCUCUUCCACCCCUUGGCUCUAGGACCCCAGGGUCCACAGAGUCUUUAUGCCCCUAGCACUAUCCGUUACGCCCCUCCUGAGCUGCCCCCGUCCCACCACCACAACACAGCGCACGACGGGCUGCAGCUACGCUCUGACCACCACAAGGGACCUCCUCCGUCCUUUUUCCCCCAUCUGCAGAGGCUGGCGGGGCUGCCACCUUUCAGCGGAUUCUCUCCAUCCGACAGCCCCUUCCCCUCUGGACUGCCCUUCUGUAUGAAUGGACUGAGGGGGGCCGCGGGCUCCGAGGAGGACUGAGACCACUGAAUAUACAAGAGACAAAGACGUGCUGACCUUAAAAAGGCAGCGCGGACAGUAAACAGACAUUAAACCUCAAAGGAUUUGACUAAUUGGAUGAUAGGCUGAAUAACCACAAUCCAAAGUGACGGACAAGUGGCUGCCAUAGGGAAUCCAACAGAGUGACUCUCAGAGAAAACUUGUGACUGAAUGUCCCACAGACUCCUCAAGCUACAGUAAUGACCAGUGUUGAUUCCGUCUCUUCCACUCAGAGAAGCCAUAAUGUAAAUAGAAAAGAACCAUAAAGAUCCUCAACUCACACCGUGUGUCACUUCAAUGACUAUUAACUCUAAAAUGGACACUUGUCUGUGGAAAGGAACACAAAAUAGACUUUGAAUGUUUUUAUUAUUGCAGUAUUAAACCAAUCAUCUCUUGGGAUCAAGGUAAGAAUUUGACAAUAAUAUUUACUAAAAGUAAAAUAAAAUAAAAAAAUAACCCUUGUUUUUUACAAAUAUUCAUAAGGAAAAAAACAAUGUAGUCAUUAACCAGCCAUAACUAAAGCACAUUGUGGGGGACUUCAGUAUAAAUAACAUGGUCCCAUACAUUCCAUAAUCUUUGGGAAGAAAUGCAAUGCUGACAGAAAACUGUUUUGAUUUUUUUCUUUUUAUCUAACUAUGAAUUAUAGUAUAUUCUGUAAAAUGGAGCAAAUGUGUUUGUGUAAGAAAGCCAUAUUGUUGUUGAUGUUUUAACGUUUGUAUUGUUUUUCACUUAAUGAAACAGAAUGUUGAAGAUAGUUUGAAAAACUUUGUUUUAACGGAUGCACAAUUUUGCCGAGUACCUUUUUACUAUUCUCUUUGGGCACAUUUUUUUUUUUCCUAGACAGAGUUUGAUAUGAUUUUAAAGCUGUGUUUUUCCGAGCACUUACUAAAAUAUGUUGUGUUAUUAUGAUGAACUAAAAGCACUUCAGAACUUGAACACACUGGAUAUGACCCUGCUUAAACUGAAAUAAUCUGACCACUGCUAAUACAGAGGACAUAGGGAGAUGUGGUCAUUUAUGUAAAAAAGCAAAAACAAACAAAAAAAAUAAACAUGCAGUCAUAAUGUAGUGACCAUCAGAGGUCAAAAAUGUUGACAAUUAUUUUGAGGGAUUCUGAUCAUGUCAGUCUCCUGGAAAUAAAUGCAAAUUUGGACAGAAAAUAUUCUAAAUUGUAUUUAGAUGUGUUCUUUUCAUUUGAAAUUGUUUUCACUUUACAGCAACAGUGUAGAUGCACAUCUACAGAAACGUAACAUUUAAAAUGAUCUGUAAUAUUAGCAGUAACAUUUUGUCAUUGUUUUAAUGCAUUGAAUAGUUACUCUGUGGCACUUUUGAAUGAAAAACCUUGAGUAAGUUUUUCAGACCCACCUGAUCCCACUCUGCUCUAGGUCUAUUUUAAAAUAGUCACUUUGACAGUAUGGUUUUAGUAUGGACAUUAUAAGGUGUGAACUGAAAACCUGUUUGUCUAAUGUCUGUAAAGAAAGAGAAACUAGUU